AUAUCAUUGCUUUUGCGGCAAUUCUCCCCCAAAUUGCGCUAAAUAAUUCUUCAUCAACCCUCACGUCACGCCGAUUGCCAAACCCGCUUACAAUCUUCACCCUUUCGAUCGAGACAGACCACCCUGCUCGAUCGUUAGGGUUUUUCAUCUCAAUCGAAUAAUUCUUUGUCGUAGGAUUCGCAUCAAAUCUCCAAGUUUAGGGUUUAUUCGAGGGAUACACAAGUUAUUAGGUAUAAGGUAAGAUGAGCUUUCAAGAUCUUGAAGCCGGUCGCCAAUUCAAUUCAAGACGAGGGGCAUACGCAAAUGGCGUCAGGAAACAAGAUCCGACCCAAGCUAUUGCUUCCGGAAUUUUCCAGAUCAACACCGCCGUCUCCUCGUUUCAGCGGCUAGUCAACACCCUUGGUACCCCUAAAGAUACCCCCGAACUUCGAGAAAAACUGCACAAAACAAGACUACAUAUUGGGCAAUUGGUGAAGGAUACUUCAGAGAAACUCAAACAAGCUAGUGAAACAGAUCAUCGUGCUGAAGUUAGUACUAGCAAAAAGAUUACAGAUGCUAAACUUGCAAAAGAUUUUCAAGCAGUUCUAAAAGAAUUCCAAAAAGCUCAACGCCUCUCAGCUGAAAGAGAGACAGCUUACACUCCUUUUGUUCCUCAAGCUGUUCUUCCUUCAAGUUAUGCAGCCAGUGAAAUGGAUAUAAACUCAGACAAAAACCCUGAACAACGUGCACUUCUUGUGGAAUCUAGAAGACAGGAGGUAUUGUUAUUGGACAAUGAGAUUGCUUUUAAUGAGGCAAUAAUUGAGGAAAGAGAACAGGGGAUUCAAGAAAUACAGAAUCAAAUUGGGGAAGUAAAUGAGAUUUUUAAAGAUCUUGCUGUUUUGGUUCAUGAACAAGGAGCCAUGAUUGAUGAUAUUGGGUCAAAUAUUGAGAAUUCUCAUGCUGCAACUGCACAAGCAAGAAUCCAGCUUUCAAAAGCAUCCAAAACUCAAAAAGCAAAUUCUUCAAUGACUUGCUUGCUUUUGGUGAUAGUGGGAAUUGUUCUUCUGAUUCUGAUUACGAUACUUGCAUUUUGAGCCUAAAAGAUUGUACAAGGAUUGAUUGUGUGAUUACAAUAAAUAUAUAACCUACUUGAAAAUUAUAUUUGUUUGCAGGGAUUCUUUCUGUAAAAUUGACAAUAUCAUUGGUUCAUCUUCCUUGUUUUUCA